CGCAACUUGUCUCCCACGAUUAGCAUCUCAGGAACGUCGCGGUCCUGCAGUUUGUCAUCCAUCCCGCCUCUUGGCCCGCAUUUCGCGUUUGGGUUGCAAGAAAGUCCGCAGGGUCCACGGGCGUGUUUGAGGCAGAAAUCAUUCUCGACCACGUCCAUGCCGUCAAAUAUAUGCCACGAAGCCGCUCAAGAUGAUUUCCAUUCCAUCUUCUCCUGCCAAACACCAGCUCGAUUCUCGUCACACCAUCUCGCAAAAUGGCCACGCAAGAUCGAGCGGAACGUCCCACCACCACGGAGAAGAGCCUCGACGGCUUAGACGCUCUCGACACCAAGGAGGUUGCCACGAACAUGGACAGCUGCUCUGACAAGACUGAUGAGGCCACCAAGACCCCAGUCUCGCUGGAAGAGCAGACUGAACCACCUCCGUCUCCUCGCAACAUUCAUGGCUUCCGAUGGAUUCUCGCCGUCGUUGCUGUGGUCUCCAGCAUCUUGCUCUAUGCCACAGAUAACACCAUUGUCGCAACCAUCCAGCCUUCGAUCAUCGAAGACCUCGGGGACCAGAACCUUUUGCCCUGGGUAUCUGUUGGCUAUAUGAUUGGUGGUCUCGUCUUCGCGCUCCCUUCGGGCAAGGUCUAUGGUCUCUUCGACACCAAGACCCUCUACCUCAUUUGCAGCGUCAUCUUCUGCGUCGGCUCUGCGCUGUGCGGUGCCGCGCCCAACAUGCCCACUAUGAUCGUUGGCCGAAUCAUCGCGGGUAUGGGCGGUAACGGCAUGUACGUCGGUGUCUUGACGUUGCUCGCCGUAACCACCACGGACAAGGAGCGCCCUGCCUAUCUGAGUCUGAUUGGCAUGUCCUACGGCAUUGGAAGUAUCAUCGGUCCUCUCAUCGGCGGUGCGUUCGCCACACAUGCCACCUGGCGCUGGGGCUUUUACAUCAAUCUGCUUGUCCUUGCGGUCUUCGCGCCGGUCUACAUUUUCAUCAUGCCGACUUUCCAGCCUCGCCCGACCAUGACCGUUAUCGAGAAGUUCAAGGCUUAUGACAACCUGGGCACCCUUCUCUCUGUGGCCGGUCUGUUCUGCGCCGUCAUGGCCGUCAACUUUGGAGGCACUCUAUACCCAUGGGCAUCCGGCCAGAUUAUCGCACUCUUCGUGGUCGCCGGUGUCCUUCUCAUCGCAUUCGGCCUCCAGCAAAGCUUCAAUUUCAUGACCACCUUCGAGAGCCGUAUCCUGCCCGUCCAGCUCAUCACGCAGAAAGAGCCCGUCCUUUUGUUCGUGUUGAUGGCUGCAAACAACUGCGCCAGCAUGAUCAGCAUGUAUUACAUCCCGCUCAUUUUCCAGUUCAUCGGCGGUGCCGGUGCGUUGAACUCCGGCAUCAGGCUGCUGCCGUUCAUCGUGGCCACGACGGUGUUCAUUGCGCUCCAAGGAGCUUUGCUUCCACACUAUCCGCUUUACAAGCCCUGGUACGUGUUUGGAGCAGCUUGCAUCCUCGUCGGUGGCGUUUUUUUCCACCGAGUCGACAUCUCGACAACCGACGCCUAUUUGUACGGGUUCCAGAUCCUCAUCGGCGUUGGCGUCGGAUGCUAUCUGCAAGCUGGCUACGCCGUGAUCUUGGGCGUCAUCGAGAUGAAGGACAUGGCGUACGGCGUUACUUUUAUGCUCUUCGCCCAACUCCUCGGCAUCACGACCGGUCUUUCUUUCAGCGGCGCCGUCUUCACCAACACCGUUCUUGGAAAUCUCCAACCGCUGCUUUCCGACGUGCCAGCUCGUCAAAUCCAGAUGGCUCUGUCUGGAGCUGCUGGUGACUUCUUUGGGGAGCUCGGCGAGGAGACUCGUGGAGCGGUUCUACGCACGAUCAUGUCGUCCAUCAACUAUUCUUUCAUCUUGUGCAUCAUAGCUGGCGCUGUUAGCUUAGUAGCCGCCGUACUCCUUCGGAACAAGAAGAUGCGUACUUAGGCUAUACAAUACGGGGCGACUUAUUAAGUGAUAAUAUUAGAAAGGCUAAGGUUACGUCUGAAAAGUAGGAGAGACUUAAAGGAAUUUAUAUAGUGAGAAUUUACAGCGUUACUAUUCAGCCAGAUCAAGCCGACCAAUUCAAUCAAUCAGUCAGUC